UAAUUAAUGCGCCCAACAGCCCAAUGUUAUGGGAACAGGGUGUUUAUGCAUCCUGCAAUCUGAAAGCAACGCCGAAAUGGUAAACAAACUAUUCCCUCUUAUACAUGAAAUAUCUAGUAAAUACAACCACAAAUUUAUUGGUAAUGGAGAACAAGUGUCGGGUUUGCCUGACAGACUCCGAAAACAUGGUAAACAUUUUCGAAGAAAAGCUGGAUCUUGGAAUUUCAAUAGCCCAUAUGAUUUCCAAAUGCACCGGCCUUAAAAUUGAGAAAAAGGACUCAUUUCCGGUCGCAAUUUGCCCACCUUGUCUGGAGGAUGCCCACAGUGCGUUUGCGAUCAUGGAAACCUACGAACGCAGCUACCAGAUCUUCCGGGAAGUGCUGGACGCGGUUCUCGAGGAGGAUGAAAUCAUCGAGCUAUCGGACUCCGACGAGGGAGUACUCAUCGAAGAAGAAGAAGAGGAGGAGGUCCAUUCAGAAGGAACUAUGGCGUCCACUUAUGAAGAGACGGCCCAGGAAGAAGUUAAUAGUGAUCACCCCGAAGAAGUGUGUGAGGAUAAGCGUCACGCCUGCACACAGUGCCACAUGUCCUAUCAGAGUCCACGCCUCCUAGAGCUGCACAUUCUGCGACACCACAGAAGGAAAAGACUUAGUCCAAUGUCCUCAGCGGACAACAACGAAAAUACCGAACCGAUAAUACACACCAGCACGCACACCGCCAAAGGAGAGAAGAGGAAGCAAGCCAGCCAGCUCGCAGGAUAUCCUUUGUACAAGUGCAACCUCUGCGGCAAGACCUUCCCGACCAUAUCAAACUGUCGCCGCCACUAUAAGACCCACACGGGGGAUAGGCCCUUCCAAUGUGAUAUUUGCCAGAAGUCAUUUUCAGAAAUGGCUUCGGUCAAAAGACAUAAGAGGAUUCACACGGGCGAAAGACCCUUCAAGUGCCACAUCUGCCAGUCGGCCUUUACGGAUUCAUCUGGCUUACACCAACACAGGCGGAUUCACACGGAAGAAAAGCCGUACAAGUGCGAUCUGUGCGAGAAGGUCUUCAGGUCGCAGUCAGAUGCCCGGAAGCACAUGAGGAGCCACACUGGAGAAAAGCGACACAAGUGCUCCCUAUGCGAGAGGGCUUUUACCCAAAUCUGUGGUCUGCGUAGGCACUUGGCACUUUGUCAUGAGGACGAGGCCUAAUUAAAUUUGAGCCUUAUAACAAGAAUAUUUUUUGUUUAUAAAAUAUAAUCCCAUCUAAGAAAA